AGUUGGCAGGGUGGAGAGCCUCGGAGCGAGACUGCGGGAGGCGAUGCCGGCGGGCUUCUGAGUGACUUGGGGAAAGUGAGGAAAACCCCAAAAUGGAGGACUUCGCUCCCCGGACCUAUGGCACCAGUAGUGGCCUGGACAACAGACCUCUCUUCGGAGAGACGUCGGCCAAGGAUCGAAUCAUCAAUUUAGUUGUUGGCGGCUUCACAUCCUUAUUGAUUCUUGUAACGCUGAUCAGUGCUUUUGUUUUCCCUCAACUACCUCCAAAACCAUUGAAUAUAUUUUUUGCUGUCUGCAUCUCUUUGAGCAGUAUUACUGCCUGCAUACUUAUCUACUGGUAUCGACAAGGAGACUUAGAACCGAAAUUUAGAAAUCUAAUUUACUAUAUCUUAUUUUCUAUCAUCAUGUUAUGUAUAUGUGCGAACCUGUAUUUCCAUGAUGUGGGAAAGUGAAGCUACCAAGGAGAAAUACUGACCAUGUCUCUUCAAAGUUGUGUUUUAAAGACUUAAGAGCUUGAUGAGGUAUGCUGAACUCUCCUGUAGGAGUCUGAUCCAUGAUCCUCUUGUUUAUUGUAAAUCUAAUUCCGUCUUUCAGGGGAGAAACUUCAUAAAUAACUUUGCUUUUUCGUUAAGGAGCCGAUGUUGCAUUUAUAAACAUCCCAAAAGCACAAGUACUUUCCACUUUUGAAAUGAAAACUUUUUAUA